AUGAUGUUCAAGGUCUCGAAACAACGCCUGCUGCUUGCCGGUCUGUUUGCCCAGCUUCUCCCAAGCAUCGGCGCCGUAUCCUUCCCCGCCGCAGUAGGCUCGUUCAAUACCAGCAUUGCAAUAACCCAGCUCAUUGAUCAUCAUCGUGUGGAUCCGUACGCUCCAACACCACAGCCUCGUACUCUAAUGAUCUCUCUCUUUCAUCCCGUCCCUCCAGCAGCAUGUUGCCUCUCACUGACGCCCUACAUGGACCCUAUCAGCGCAACCUUCGAGGAUGAAGAGUAUGCACCGGUUGGUGUCCCAGCCGGCGCCUUCGGCUCACUGACCCUCCAAACCUGCAAGUCUUGUCCGGCUUCAGAUCCCAGUCGCUGCGUCAAAGGGUCCGAUUAUCCGCUUGUUCUCUUCUCACCUGGCCUGGGGAAUUCUCGACUCUUGUACAGCGCUAUGGCACAGCAACUGUCCAGUACUGGCUACAUCGUCAUAACCAUCGACCAUCCCUACGACGCAGGCAUCGUCACAUUUCCAGACAAUAGCACAAUCCUCGCUGCAAAUAUUACAACCGAUACCCAAAUCUUAGAUGACCUGGACGUCCGCGUGAAAGACGUAUCAUUCGUCCUCGACCAAGUCAACCGUCUAUCGGUCAUCUCAAGGCUCAUCCCAGGCCGAACUCGCGGAUUGGACACCUCUAAAGUGGGGAUCUACGGUCACUCCUUGGGCGGCGCCACCGCAGCUGAAGCUAUGCUUUCUGAUUCCCGUCUCGUUGGGGGCAUCAAUCUGGACGGUACCUUUUUCGGCUCCGUUGUCGACCGGGGGUUGGAUAAGCCCUUUAUGAUCAUGUCGCACGAAGGCAAGAAUUUGACGACCGAUGUGAGUUGGGCUACACUGUGGCCGAGGUUGAAGGGUUUCAAGAGAGGAUUUACGAUUAGCGGGAGUACGCAUGGUACGUUUACGGAUUUGGCGGAGGCUGCUGAUUUGAUCGGUUUGAGAGAGCGCUUUCCGACAGAGGCCGCCGCAUUCCUGGGGAGUAUUGACGCGGAAAGAGCCACUCAGGUAAUUGGCGCCUAUACUAGCCGAUUUUUCGACUCCGUUUUGAAGGGGAAGAAAUAUGAGUUACUAGAUAGGUCCAGUAGGGAGUUUCCCGAGGUGACUGUUGGAGAACAUUAA